CGUCGCCAGCCACCCAUGUCGGAGCGCUUCAAAGUCACCAAGUCGGCCGAGGAGAUCGCCCUGGUCAGGAGCUAUGGCGCAACCCAAGGAAAAGAAAGACGAGCAGGCAGCAAGCAUAACCGACGACAACUCGCAAGAGAAAAAAUGCGAGCAACGCCCCUUUGGUAGCUUCCUCAUAAAUUUGUUUCGAUGCGACGGAGGCGGCGGCACCGCAGAGGGCGGCGGCGUCGAGAAGCAGGCCAGCCUCGACACCAACCUCUACCUCUACCAGGAGGAACUGGAGGACCGUCCGCAGGUGUCGACGCUGCUCAACUCUUUGGCCAAUUACUCGAACACGAUCCCGGCGCCCACCGACCCUGACCAGGCCAAACCUGGCGGGGGUGGCGCGGCGGGCGCUGGCGGCGCCCGCAUGGGCACCCUGAUCGGUGUCUUCCUGCCCUGCAUCCAAAACAUCUUCGGCGUCAUCCUCUUCAUCAGACUGACUUGGGUGGUCGGCACGGCCGGCGCCCUUUGCGGAUUCCUCAUCGUGCUCACCUGCUGCUGUGUCACGAUGCUGACCGCGAUCUCGAUGUCGGCGAUCGCAACUAAUGGCGUGGUGCCGGCGGGCGGCUCCUACUUCAUGAUUUCGCGCUCGCUCGGCCCUGAGUUCGGCGGCGCCGUCGGCAUGCUCUUCUACACGGGCACCACGCUCGCCGCAGCCAUGUACAUCGUCGGCGCCGUCGAAAUCGUCAUCACGUAUAUGGCGCCGUGGUUGUCGAUUUUCGGCGAUUUCACCAAGGAUGCCGAGAUCAUGUACAACAACUUCCGUGUGUACGGCACGGGCCUGCUGAUCAUCAUGUCGUUGAUCGUUUACGUCGGCGUCACCUUUGUCAACAAAUUCGCCACGGUGGCGCUGGCUUGCGUCAUCUUCUCCAUCAUCGCCGUCUACGUCGGCAUCGCCGUCAACUUCCAAGGCAACGACAAGCUCUUUAUGUGCGUGUUGGGCGAGCGUCUUCUGAAAGACAUCCCUCUUGAGAACUGCACCAAGGAGAUUGGAUCGCCGCUGUGGGACGUUUUCUGCGAGGACCCCAUCAACAUGAGGGGCUGCGACAGCUAUUUUGAAAACAACAACGUGUCCAGGGUGCGAGGAAUUAAGGGUCUUGCGUCGGGAACCUUUUUCAACAACAUCGACAACGGUUUCCUGGAGCUGGGCCAGUUCAUCGCCCAGACCAAGAGGCCCGAGGUGAUCGAGAAUUUGUCCGGUAGGACUUACAACCAGGUCUACGCCGACAUCACCACUUCCUUCACCAUCCUCAUCGGCAUCUUCUUCCCCUCCGUAACCGGUAUCAUGGCCGGCUCGAACCGAUCGGGUGACUUGGCCGACGCUCAGCUGUCCAUCCCGCGGGGAACCAUCGCUGCUAUUGCCACCACCUCCACCGUCUAUUUGUCCACGGUGUUGCUUUUCGCCGGCACAGUCGACAACCUUCUCCUCAGAGACAAGUUCGGCCAGAGCAUCGGCGGCAAGCUGGUGGUGGCAAACAUCGCGUGGCCCAACGAGUGGGUCAUCCUGAUCGGCUCGUUCCUGUCGACGCUGGGCGCCGGUCUGCAGUCCCUGACUGGUGCGCCGCGGCUGCUGCAGGCCAUCGCCAAGGACGGCAUCAUCCCGUUCCUGCAGCCGUUCGCCGUGUCGAGUUCGAGGGGCGAGCCGACGCGCGCGCUCAUCCUCACCGUGUGCAUCUGCCAGUGCGGCGUGCUGCUCGGCAACGUCGACAUCCUCGCGCCUCUGCUCUCCAUGUUCUUCCUCAUGUGCUACGGCUUCGUCAACCUCGCCUGCGCGCUGCAGACCCUGCUGCGCACCCCCAACUGGCGGCCCCGCUUCAAGUUCUACCACUGGUCGCUCUCGCUGUUCGGCCUCUCGCUCUGCAUCUCCGUCAUGUUCAUGACCUCCUGGUUCUACGCACUCAUCGCCAUGGGCAUGGCCGGCCUCAUCUACAAGUACAUCGAGUACAGAGGGGCUGAAAAGGAGUGGGGUGACGGCAUCCGCGGUCUGGCCCUGUCGGCAGCCCGAUUCAGUCUGCUGCGUCUGGAGGAGGGCCCUCCGCACACCAAGAACUGGCGGCCGCAGGUGCUGAUCCUGUGCAAGCCGGACACUGAGCUGAAUCCCAAGUACAAGAAGCUGCUGGCGUUCGCGUCGCAGCUCAAGGGAGGCAAGGGGCUGAACAUCGGCGCCGCCGUCUACCCCGGCGACUACGUGCCCAAUGUCACCGACGUGAUCGCCGUCAAGGAUAACCUGAAGAAGGCCAUGGAGAAGGAGAAGGUCAAGGGCUUCGCCGACGUCUUGGCGACUGCUGACGUGCCCGAGGGCAUCAGCCACGUGGUGCAGACCAUUGGCUUGGGUGGCCUCAAGCCCAACACCGUGAUACUUGGCUGGCCCAACGGCUGGAGCAAGGCGCGACACGCCCACUCGUGGGCCAACUUCCUGCAGACCGUGCGCACAGUGUCUGCUGCGAGAAUGGCCCUUCUUGUUCCCAAGGGCAUCCUAGCCUUCCCUGAGUCCACCGAAAAGGUGAGCGGCUUUAUCGACGUGUGGUGGAUCGUGCACGACGGCGGUUUGCUGAUGCUGCUGCCCUUCCUGCUGCGACAACACCGCACGUGGAAGAACUGCAAGCUGCGCAUCUUCACGGUGGCUCAGCUUGAAGACAACUCAAUCCAAAUGAAGAAGGACCUUAAGCUCUUCCUCUACCAUUUGCGCAUUGAAGCCGAAGUGCAAGUUAUCGAAAUGAUGGACUCUGAUAUUUCCGCAUAUACGUACGAAAGGACUCUGGUGAUGGAGCAGCGCAACCAAAUGCUCAGAGAGCUGCGACUCAACAAGAAAGAGUCGCAAGGCGUGGUGCAAAACCUGGUUGAUUUCAACCCGGACGCCCUCACGGAAGAAAAACUGCCCCUGGUGCAAGCAAUCGUGGACUCGCACCACGGCACCGACGCCAAGGCCGCGUCCAAGGUUCGCUUCACGGAGCCUGGCGCCGGCAGCGAGGAGGGGGAGGCGCCUGCCGAGGCCGGUGACGCGCCCUCCUCGAAGACAGGCAGCCCGCUGCCCAGCCACAAGGCCGAAAAGGAGGCCGAGGCGGCCAAAGAGGAGGCCGUCAAAGCGGCCGAGGCCAACGCCAGCUCCAACAAAUCGGUCACCGUGGACGAGGGCAACGUGAAGCGCAUGCACACAGCCGUCAAACUGAACGAGGUGAUCGUCAACAAAAGCCACGAGGCGCAACUUGUGAUCCUAAACCUGCCCGGACCCCCCAAAGACUCGAGUCCUGAAAGGGAGUCUAAUUACAUGGACUUCCUGGAGGUGUUGACGGAGGGCCUGGAGAAGGUGUUGAUGGUGCGCGGGGGCGGCCGCGAAGUGAUCACCAUCUACUCGUAGUCGGUCGCAUUGCCGGCCGCCAACAAACACCACGCCGCCCCCGGGGGCGUCCUCAUCCUUGUCUUAGCCGUAGACUGUUCAUACAAAGAAACUUUACUCUUUUUCUGCUCUUUCUCACUACGAGACAGACACACACACGCAUUGCAAUUACCAAGAUGGAUGUACUUCUACGUAAAACCAGCAGAUUAAAUAUGAAUGUCGUUUCGAUUCGAGAGCCGCCGGUUCGCGCUGCUCCCAGCAAGAUUUUAAACUCGUAUAAAACACGUUUUAAACGCUGAACAUUACGCAUACACACAAACACUGAAAAAGGUAAACACCCGGCGCCGCGUCGAAUCGUGUGUUUCGCCUUCUGUCGUUGGGAGGACAGCCAAGACACACACCCAUAAUACACGCUCCCAUUUCCAACCUCUGCGAUGAAUUACAAUGGGCGGAUAUUUCGAUUGAUUGCUCACGACGGAAAAUAAAAUACAAACAGUCGGUAUAGAAGUAGCUCGGCUCGGGGCCGCGAGAACCACCCUCCUUGAACGGAGUUUCGUUUUUCGACCACUCUUGUGAUACUUCGUAGCGGCUACUGCACAGGACGAGGGGAAACUGUCAAAACCGAUCAAACUAGAACGCAGGAAUCCACCAGAAAAUCUACGUAUUUUUAUUUACUCAAAAGCUGAUGCAUUUUGGUUUAGACACGAAGGCUGUUUCUCGUAGUGAUAUUAUAAUUUAAUGUUUAUGGUCAAAACGUAGCGGGUUAUGCGUGGUGUAUUUUGAUUUAGAGCUGCGAAAAGAAAUAAAACCGUUAUAUCAUAUCUGUCCGACUGGUCGGAAAGGAAUCUCGCAAAUCUUUGCUCAAUCCGAGUAUACAUGGCCACCCAACGAAAUUGGGUGCGCGCGAAAAACAAAAAGAAAAUAAGGCAGACGACGUGAAGAAAUGUGCAUAAUAUAGUGUCUAAUUAUAUUUUGGAGCGCGUGCAUAGUGAAUUUAAAAGCGAGCUUCAACGAGAUAGGUGGAUUGCUAGAAGUCGCCAAACGCAUUUUCCUUCUUUGAGAACACCCCGCCACGAGCAAAAACCGAUUGUUUGGUAUCUUCUUACAGCUGAAACGCCAGUUAAGCGAUAUGUACUAUCCUGCAUCACUACCCUCUACCUUUGCUCAAAACAGAGGAGGAACAAAUUUCGAAUUCUAGAUUUAUUAAGAACUAAAAAAAUCGCAACGGUUUGAAAUAUUCACUUUUCGACUAAGGGGAUGAAUAGGGGUUGGGGGUUAGCACCCCAAAAACUAUUCAGCUCACCAGAGGGAGUCAAGCCAAGUUUAACGGUGUUCAUUUUUUGCAUUUCUGACGAUUAGAACCUGAGAUUUGGCGCUCUAAACAUUUGCAAAAAUACGAAAUAGUCGUAUUUUUCGAAAUUCAAAUUUAAAUUUCUCGAAAACGAAGCAGAAAUCCACCUUGGAAUUUUCACACAAGCUCACUCGUGCUCUGAGACCUCGUUUGAAGGGCGUUUCGGAUUUUUAAAGUAUGGCGCCAGUUUUCAAAAUACAAAAAACAUCCGGAAUUUUGGAAAAUGAGCCAGGGUGACCUUUGACCUUGACCGAUGACCUCAAUUAUAGGGUUUAAUCGAUCGGGCUUGAUGAGAGGAGCUCUACGCACACCUUAACUUUUGAAUUGCACCAUCUCAAAAUGAUUUAUAGCAUUCCCAAAAUUCGGAAAUAAAUUUAAAUGUUUUCAUACUGAAUUAAGGUGGUUUUAAGCACAUCUCGACGUGUUUCUAUGAUCACAAAUCGAUAGAACCACUCUUCAACUACGAGUGGAGACCAAACAAUAAGUUUUUUGCUCAUCGUUAGUGGUUCUUAUCAGAGGAAAAGGCGUUCGGCGGGUCUUUUGCACUCCGCGCGUAUCUCCUUGAGCGUCGUCUCUAUGGUAUAUUUAACCGUUCACGGAAGGCGGCGCUUCCGGCCCGCCGCAGAACUAAUUAAUUGAUUCGGUCAACAUAAAGCGUUAUUUAAGGACUGAAUGUGAUGAUAGCUCCCUGAUUCCCGCCCUCUCAACUCACUCAAAUGAGUCUAGUCCACGCUCCUCUCUUAUCUCUGUGAGAUACACACUGAAAACAAAAACACGCGCGUUCACACACACACACACAUACACAAUGACACAUACACACGAACACAAAGGCGACUCUUGCUAGCUCACUUAAAAUCAAAAAAUGCCAAAUUGUACUAACUGUAGGUGAAAUGACAGUGGAAGAAGCAGAUUAACUGACACUUUGGCUGUGCUCGGCACUGCCCGCCGCCAGUCGGAAACGCCCGCGCGGCUGCCCCCGUUUUCAUGUUUUUUUUUUCGAUUCUUGGCCAGACUACGUAGUAGACCCUGAUUUCGGACCACGGACCCACGCCCGCGUCUGCUUAUUUCCCCUCGGAACGAGAGAAAUUGUGUUCUGGCGUUGGAAUGUAUAGCACAAUUGCAACAAACAGAGAGCUUAAUUAAUUAUACAACACGUACUUUUCGCGGUGGGCGGGCGGCGGGGUCUUGGGCUGCGUCGGCGGGCCGUCGAGGGCGCUGCCGAAAGCGAUGAGUGACUCGAUUGGAGGGGGUCGUCUCGGGGCCCGUUUGGCACAAAAUCCACUCUCUCAUCGUCUCAUCUCUCUUUUUUUCUACUGCGCUCCGGGCCGACCCACGAACGCGCGGCUCUGCGCGCGGGGCCCGAGCAAAAUUAAUAAAUUUAUUCACAUACACACUCGUAAGUUAAUUAUAAAGAAGUAAAUUAAUUAAUUCAUUAAUUAAAAUCGAAGAGGAAAAUACGGAGAAUUUGAUUAACGACGCGAUGUAGCUGAACGAAAGUAAUUAAAUAAAGUAUUAUUAUUAUUACUACGAAAAGAAAGCGAAUUAACAUUAAAAAUGAAAAAACGUAUUAACAUAUAACUAAGUGUUUGGAUGUUUAGGUGCUAAAUGUUGUGCUGCUUAACUCGAGAUUGAUUGAUCCGUUAAGAUUAUUACUCGUCGUAAUUGCAUAACUCUAGACAUGGCCUUUCUCGUUGUUGACACACAAAAAAGGUAAUACAAGAAGUGCGAACCCACGUAGCUGUGAGUAAAAGCAGGCUUGGAUAGUCUUUGUUAGGCGUUUCUCUAUUUCUAUCCCUCGAUCUUUCUCUAUAAACUCUCCAACUCUCUAUUCGCACGUACGUACGGUAAACAAAAUAGAGCAAAAAGUCUAUUCAAUGUUGAGGCCAAACUCAAAGCGCAUGUUUUAUAUUAAAUUAUAUAGUAUAUACGUAUAAACACAUACAACACACACACUCAGACUCACCGCGCGACAGAGAGCAGGAAAUUCGAACGCUUUGAGUGCGGCCGCGAAAUUGUUAAUUAAUGUUGAGACACGCGCAUCAAUUAUAAAUAUAUAUUAUAUUCUGAUUAUUAUAUUUCCGAUCACACAUUGUAUUGACUGCAUCGAUUGAUCGCGAUUAGUUGUUGAGUUAUUAACUAACGAAAAGAGGAGAGCAAGCUGUGUUUGCACCAAAACCAGCCUCUGUGUUGAAUUAUUAAUUGAAUUUAUUCUAUUACUGUUGUAGACACGCUGUUGUGUAAGUACACUGUAAAAAUUUUGUCUCACCUUUUUGCGAAGGUGCCGGAAACUGUGACACCCCCUGCCGUCUUUCAUCCCCCUCCACCCCUGACCCCUCGUCGGUUCGGUUGCUCGUUGCCAAAGGGGGGCGUGCGUCCGGUCGCCCUCCACCCCGCUUCACCCCUUGACCCCUUGUUAUUUGACCCCUCGAUUUUCUGUUCUCGUCUCGUCGUCGAUCGAUGUUUUUCUGUACACAACACACACACAAACACACUCACUGACUCACACAUAAAACACACAUACACACACACGACAAACGACUUUUUAAAGAGUUUAAUCCAGAAUAAAACCUCGAUGAGAAAAAAAAUCGAAAAAACAAUAAAAAUUGCGUCAAGCCGAGAA